ACCCACUUUCAGAGUCAUGUGACCAGCGUAGACCAGGCUGUGUUGAAAGCAUCCGGUGUUAGCACCAAGCUAUCAGCUGAUAAAAAUAAUAGCUCUAGAUCUCGAUUAUGAGCUAAAGGGAAACUAGUAUAGACGAAGGCACUGAAGAUCCCGAAAGAACAUGACCUGUGUAUGAGCCCUGUCUGCUCGAUGGUAUUUAAACAGUAAAACAUUAGCGUAGCUAGCGUUCAAAGUUUGACUUGCAGAGGCUUUGCUAGCUACUACUUUGCAAUCAACUACUACUACUGCCGCAAACGAUGUAACCUGUCCUGUUGCUCCGGUGGAAUGGCGAAAUAACUGUAUCUUUGACUAAACGAUUGCCUGCAAAUAGACAAACCAUUAGUGCUAAUAAUAACUAAAGAAUACCUUCGCGAUAUUUUACUCUAAUGUGUUGUUGCUAACGCUAAACCGAGCAGUGUAGUGUUUAUAACAAAGUAGGUACACUGUCAACUUGCGUAGUUAUUUAUCAGUGGCACAAGCGGACAUUAAAAUCAUUCCCAUCGAUAACUGCAAAUCGUAGAUGUUUGUAAACAUAGUACAACAACAGGAUGCCCCAUGACAGAGGAUUAACAGCGAGACAUGAGGAUUUGGACCACACAUCUGUCCCACAAGCGCCAUGCACUGUGAAGAGCCCAAAUGUGCACUAUCUUAUUUAGGGGUUUAAAUCUUCAUGUUUAAAUGCCACUAUAGCCUGCAUUUUAGCCCAGUUUAGAUUUCCAUUUUUGGCUGUAAUUACAUUUUUGUAAGUUAUGCCUGGAGACGUAUCUGAAAGCAGUGAUGACUCUGAUUCACAAACAAAUGAAAAACCCUCCACUGUCAAGCAUCAGAUCACUGAUGCAAACCUUACAGGCCACACUGAGAAGGUCAGCAUGGAGAACUUUGAACUGCUCAAAGUGUUGGGGACUGGAGCUUAUGGGAAGGUAUUUUUGGUCAGGAAGAACAGUGGCCAUGAUGUGGGGCAGCUUUACGCUAUGAAGGUGCUGAAAAAAGCCGCCAUUGUUCAAAAGGCCAAAACAACAGAACACACUCGCACUGAGAGGCAGGUGCUGGAGCACAUCCGACAGUCCCCCUUCUUGGUCACAUUACACUAUGCCUUUCAGACUCAGAGCAAACUGCACCUCAUUCUUGACUAUGUAAGUGGUGGAGAGAUGUUUACCCAUCUUUACCAGCGUGAUCACUUUUCUGAGGAGGCAGUCCGAAUUUACAUUGGGGAAAUCAUAUUGGCACUUGAGCAUCUACACAAGCUUGGCAUUGUAUAUAGAGACAUCAAACUGGAAAAUAUUCUUUUGGACAGUGAAGGCCAUAUAGUAUUGACAGAUUUUGGGCUCAGCAAAGAGUUUUUGAAUGAAGAGAGGGAAAGGACGUAUUCCUUUUGUGGCACUAUAGAAUAUAUGGCUCCUGAAAUCAUCAGAGGGAAGACUGGCCAUGGAAAGUCUGUAGAUUGGUGGAGUCUUGGGAUCUUAAUGUUUGAACUGCUGACGGGAGCAUCUCCUUUUACCCUGGAGGGAGAAAGAAACUCCCAAAGCGAAGUUUCAAAACGUAUUCUCCGAUGUGACCCUCCAUUUCCUUCUAUGAUCGGAGCGACUGCCCAGGACCUGUUGAAGAAGUUAUUGGUUAAAGACCCUCACAGAAGAUUAGGCGCUGGGCCAAGAGGGGCUGAAGACAUUAAAGCACAUCCAUUCUUUAAGGGUCUUAACUGGUCUGACCUAGCACAGAAGAAGGUGCCAAGUCCAUUCAAACCAGAGCUGAAAAGUGAGCUGGAUGUGGGGAACUUUGCUGAAGAAUUUACAGGAAUGGACCCUGUGUAUUCUCCGGCCAGCACCCCGCCCAGCACAGACCGCCUUUUCCAGGGCUACUCAUUUGUUGCUCCAUCAGUCCUGUUCAAUAAAAACGCAGUCAUGGGAGACUUCGUACAAACUCAGAUCGGUGCUGAUCGACCCGGCUCUGCCUCUGUACAAAGAAGUGCAAUGCUGCGGGAGUCCCCAUUUUUUGUGAACUACGAGUUGUGUCUUCUGGGGCCACCCUUGGGUGAGGGUAGUUUCUCCGUAUGCAGAAAGUGCAGACAUAAGCAGACUGGCAACGAGUAUGCUGUGAAGAUUGUCAGUCGCAGAAUGGAGGCAAACACCCAGAGGGAGAUAGCUGCUUUGAGGCAGUGUGAAUCUCACCCCAACAUUGUCACAUUGCACGAGGUCUACACAGACCAGUUUCACACCUAUUUAGUGAUGGAGCUUCUCAAAGGUGGAGAGCUGCUGGAGAGAAUAAAGAGAAAGAAACUGUUUGGUGAAGCUGAGGCCAGUCAGCUGUUACAGAGCCUGGUCUCAGCUGUGAGCUUCAUGCAUGAAGCAGGAGUUGUGCACAGAGACCUCAAACCAGAGAACAUCCUCUUUGCUGAUGAGGCAGAGGACUCAGUGCUCAAAGUGAUAGACUUUGGCUUUGCUCGCCUUUGUCCAGCAGGGAGCGCUCCUCUACAAACUCCCUGCUUCACGCUGCAGUAUGCCGCACCAGAACUUUUUGAGAGUGCGGGCUAUGAUAAAGCCUGUGACCUCUGGAGCCUUGGGGUCAUUCUGUACACAAUGCUGUCGGGCCAAGUGCCAUUUCAGAGCAGCCAGAGAGGCAUGACAUCGUCAUAUGCAGCUGACAUCAUGCAGAAGAUAAAAGAAGGGGACUUCUCAUUGGAGGGAGAGGCCUGGAAAGGGGUCUCAGAUGACGCUAAAGAACUUGUCAAAGGUCUGUUGACAGUGGACCCUGAGAGGCGUCUCAAACUGUCUGAUCUGAAGGAGAACAGCUGGCUGCAGGGAGGAGCGUCCAUGUCCACCACACCUCUGUGCACUCCAGAUGUGCUAGAGUCCAGUGGACCAACCGUACGCACCUACGUCAAUGCCACUUACAAGGCUUUUAACCGCGGUAAGAGAGAGGGCUUCUUUCUGAAAAGUGUGGACAAUGCCCCUCUCGCAAAGCGCCGCAAGCUGAAGAUGACGAGUACAGGUGUGGAGACACGAUGGAGCUCAUCUUCUUCGUCCUCAUCUUCAUCGACCUCCUCCUCUGCCUCAGCCACUGCAUCCAAAACAGCACCAAAGUCCACAGUGACCCCCAAGAAGAGUUAGCCUGGAAACAAAGUCAAUGCUUUUCAUAUACGCCUUGUAAGUGUUGAUCUGCCCACUCCAGAAACAGAAUAAAAACUAAAGGUGGGUUACCAUGACCAUUUAAGUUUCCAGUUUCCUACAUAUAAUAUUGUCCAUGAAGUUCUCUUGUUGCUUUUUUAAAAUCAAACCAAUAAUGCAUUAUAUUUUACACCCAAGAAGUAAGGUUUGGGAUUUUAUCUUUUAAAUUCUAUGGCCUUAAAACUGUUCUUAAGUAUUACACAAAAGGAAAAAAAGGGAAGAGGAGCCAUUCAUGUGCAGAAGCCAUAUAAACUGUAUAAUAAUGAAUAGGUAGAUCAUUGUAGGAGCAGGAAUUGCACAAAGAAUAAUUUCAUUUGCCACAUGUAACAUACAGUUAUGGGCAAAUGGAAAGGUAGAGUUUGGCCUAUAGCAUCAAAAAGCUCUGGCUGUGUGGCUUUAGUUUUAGAUAUAUAUUUUAGAUUGUGGAUUUUAGAUUUUUAGUUAGUGUAAAACAAAGUCUAGGAUUGUAAACAUAUUUCAUCAAAAGGUCACAUGAUCUAUAUUAAUUAAAUGGUGACCAGUUGGAGAUAUGGUGAUGUGUGAGUAGAGGUGGGAGAUACAGCAAAUAUUUUUUUUUCUUUAAAGAUAAUUUCAUAAUUUUGUGUUCUGGACAUAUGUAAAAUUAUAAUAUUGUGCUUAUCAAGGUCAAUAUUCUUAAGUCUAUUGAAAAUGACAGCAAAAAGAAAGAAAAAAGAGCUGAUCUUCUAGUGAUAUUACUGCACUAUUUCAGGCACAUUUUAGCGCAUUCCUGGUUGUUAAAUUAUUGUCAGAAUGAUCAGUUAUUGAGAAUACAAAAAAUAUAUAUCAUAAUAUUCUUUUUUUGUCAAUGUCGCCCACCUCUGUGUGUGAUUCUAACUCUUACAUAAACCUGUGCUGUCCUAAUGGGGCUAUCUUUACAAAGCAGUUGCACCUUCAACACACUACCACACCACUGCCCCAGAGAACACAUCAGGCGUCUCUGAUUACAAGUUUGAGCCAAAAUGGCGGCCGAACAACCACGCGAAUGUCUGUGAGCUGUAUAUGAGCAUUAAUGUGUUGUCUCUAAAGGUUUAGCAUGCUUUUGUUGUGAUUUUUGUAUAAAUGUUUCCACUUUUAUUUGACACUUUCCCAUACCAGCCCAGAACUUUUGAACUGGGAAUUUUAAGUUUGUAGACCCAAGCAGUUUUGAUGGUUUUCUGCUGUACGGGCUGCGAUGGUCACACAGAUGUUUUAUUUUUUACACUGUAUCACUUUGAGGUGAUUUUAGAGACACUUAAGACAUUAUGAGGGUGGACGGGCUACCUGUGAAAGCUGAUUUGUACCAAUCAUCGAUCUAAAGCAAAAAAUGUAUGUUUUAUGGAUUGGAGUCUCUGGAUGUAAUUAUGUUUAUCAGAUUUUUUACAUGUUCACAAUUAACACAUUUCAGCUUUAACGGUGCUUUCACUGGUAUUUAUUACUUAAUUCGCUUUGUCGUUUUACAAUGCCGUGGUAUUGGGUUUAAACAUUUAGACUUGUCUGUACCAUUGCUGUUGUGUCUUCAAAGAAUGAUUAUGAACUUGUUUGUAUAAAAUGAAGCAAUUUUGUGUUCUGUGCUUUUCUUUGUCAGCUGCUUCUGUCUUUUAAAGUUGUUUCUAAGCAUCUGCUACGAUUUUAUCCCAAGCUGUUUUGUUUUACUGGUGUUGAUAUUUUGUUGUAGUUAAUAUUUUUUGUUUUUGUACUUUUUAUUUUGAGCAUUGCUAUCUUCCUGAGAUGCACUGUCACUGAUGUUGUAACUGGGAUUUAUGUUUUUGCACCGAUAUUUUUUGUGGGGAUGGUGCAAAAUAAAUUGUACUUUUCAGUAGA